AAUGCUGUCAUUAGAAAAUGUUAAAUGUUGAUCAGUCCUGUCGUGCAAAAUAUAUAAUACAUGAGAUUUUGCUAAUAAAUAAUUGAGUUAUCAAAUUAGUUAUAAAUCAGUUGCUACAAAUAAUAUUAUUUUUUUAACCUUAAAGAAACUAUAAACAAAAAUGGCUCGCGGAAAAGAUAAGAAAAAACGUAAGUUAGAAAAGAAGCAAGAAGGUGACGAUGUACCGAAAAAAGUUCCUCAUACCUUGGAAUCUCUUCGAGAGAAAGAUGAAACGAUGCUUGCAAAUGCUGAAGCAGAGGAACAAGAAGAGGCACAAAAAGAUAUGGAAUUAGAUGAAAUGUCAUCUUAUUUUGAAAAUUCCUAUGAACCGAAGGUGCUUAUCACAUAUUCGGACAAUCCUCACACAAAAACAAGAAUAUUUGGAAAGGAACUUUCAAGAAUGAUACCAAACUCCAUUUCAAGAUACAGACAAAGGUCAUCAGUAAAAAGGAUAGUUCAGUCUGCGAUUAGGGAACAAGUGACAGAUGUAAUAAUUGUAAAUGAGAAUCAGAAACAGCCCAAUGGUUUCCUCCUCAUACACCUACCGAAGGGACCCACCGCUCACUUCAGACUAUCAAGCUGUAAAAUUACAAAGGAACUCAAAAAGGAUCACAAGGAAAUAACAGCACACAGACCUGAAGUGAUACUAAACAACUUCAGCACGAGACUAGGUCUGACGGUGGGACGUAUGUUGGGCGCGCUUUUUCACUAUGAGCCAGAAUUUCGAGGUCGACGCGCUGUCACCUUUCACAACCAACGAGAUUACAUCUUCUUUAGGCACCAUAGAUACGAAUUUACGCCAGAUGGCAAGCGGGCGAAGCUCCGAGAGUUAGGUCCACGUUUUACUCUGAAACUGAUCUCCCUGCAGCAAGGCACCUUCGACUCCAAGCGCGGCGACUACGAGUGGAUCAUCGCCGGCCGCAGGCACCAGAUGGAGACAUCGAGGAGACGAUUCUUUUUAUAAAAUAAACUUUAUAUGGUCUACCAAA